UAAAAUAAAAUAAAGAGGAAAGAGAAUGUUACUACUAUCGAUAUCCCCAAAUCAUCAUCAAAUCUCCAUAUCUUCAUCAACGUCACCAAAUACUACUACCACCUCAAUACUCCAUCACCAGUCUUCUAAAAUUAUUCCACUCAUAUUAUUAUUAAGAAACAAUAAUAAUAAGAAACGUCGCUGCUGCUGUUCAAAACGACCUCAAAACGACAUCUCAAUUAUGUCACCACAAUUAGCCGAUGUCGACGACAAUGAUGAUGAUGAGUCCUCCUCCUCUUCUUCCUCUUAUGUUGUUAGUUCUAUUAAUGGGGCAGUCUCUUCCAGUAAAGUUGUUUCUCAGAGGAAUAGGUACUCCAUCAGCUCUAUUAGCUGUUUUGGGGUGGAUCUUACACCCGAUAACAUUGCAGUUGCUAUGGUAUACUUUGUCCAAGGAGUUUUGGGGCUAGCUAGGCUUGCUGUCAGCUUUUAUCUAAAAGAUGAUUUGCAUCUAGAUCCAGCCGAGACAGCUGUGAUAACCGGUUUCUCAGCAUUGCCCUGGCUAAUUAAGCCGUUAUAUGGUUUUAUCAGUGAUUCUGUACCACUUUUUGGGUACCGAAGAAGGUCAUAUCUAGUUUUAUCAGGACUUCUUGGAGCCCUUUCGUGGAGUUUAAUGGCAAGUUUUGUUGAUGGCAAAUAUAGUGCUGCCUUUUGUAUACUUCUUGGGUCUUUUUCUGUCGCCUUUUCAGAUGUUGUUGUAGAUUCAAUGGUGGUAGAGAGAGCACGUGGAGAGACACAAAGCGUAUCAGGAUCCCUUCAAUCUCUAUGUUGGGGAUCAUCUGCUUUUGGCGGAAUUGUAAGCUCUUACUUUAGUGGCUCCCUGGUUGAUGCUUAUGGUGUAAGGUUUGUUUUUGGUCUUACAGCAUUACUACCUUUGUUGACAUCUGCAGUUGCUGUAUUGGUCAAAGAGCAACGUAUUCGUGGUCCAUCAAGGGGACAGAAUAUCAUACCAGGUGCUUCCGGUUUUUUUGAUACCUCGAAAGGAAGCAUCCUGGAGUUGUGGCAAGCUGUCAAACAGCCUAAUGUAUUUCUUCCCACCAUGUUUAUAUUUCUCUGGCAGGCAACUCCUCACUCAGAGUCUGCCAUGUUUUACUUCACAACAAACAAACUUGGUUUUACACCAGAAUUUUUGGGGCGUGUCAAGCUUGUGACCUCAAUUGCUUCACUUCUUGGUGUUGGACUUUAUAAUGGAUUUUUGAAAAAUGUUCCUUUGCGGAAGAUUUUUCUGGGUACAACUGUAACUGGUACUGCCCUUGGGUUGACUCAGGUUAUCCUCGUGACUGGGUUAAAUCGGCAGUUUGGUAUUAGUGAUGAAUGGUUUGCAAUCGGGGAUUCUUUAAUCAUAACAGUUCUUGGUCAGGCCUCUUUCAUGCCGGUUCUUGUUCUAGCAGCAAGACUCUGUCCAGAGGGAAUGGAAGCAACUCUAUUUGCAACCCUAAUGUCUGUAUCCAAUGGUGGAAGUGUCCUUGGAGGUCUUUUUGGUGCUGGUUUGACCCAAGUUAUGGGUAUCACCAAGGACAAGUUUGACAACUUGGCCCUUCUCAUAAUCGUCUGCAACCUCAGCUCGUUGUUACCUUUGCCACUGCUACAUCUUCUUCCUAAUGAUAAUCCCAAUGACAGCAAACCUAAGGAAGACAUUGACAUUGAGUCGAAGUCUAGUUAAUAAUAGUUCAUAGUCGUAUACAUAACCACAAUGGAGAUAGAGAGGAGCUGUAAAUAUUCUGUGUUACAUUUAUAUGAACCCCCAGAUGUAUUAGAAAAAAGUUGACUGCUGCAUUAUUGAUCACUGUCUUUGCUCCGAGAAGAUCAACUCAAAAUGUUUACUGGAGUUUUGGCUCA